AUGCCGCCUAGAAAACAAGCAAAUUAAAAAGCAGCUGUCUAAACCCAAUCGGCAAGUGCAAGUAUUCAAAUAAGUGAUACUUCACUUUUGGGUCUUCCCAAUGCAAACGAUGAAACCAUGAAUAAAAUCAAGAGUGAGGUAUCGACGCAGUUGAGUGUCAAACACAACAUGGUGGGAGCAGAUGCCAUUGUCGAGUAAGAAUAAUGCCAGUUCAUAUUAGAACUUAUUGAUUUUCACCAACUAUUCAUUCAAGAUGAUGUUAAUGAAUUGAAAUAUAGUUAUAUUCUAACUUUGGUGAAGGAAGACAUCCAGAGAUCAGAGCUGAUUAGUUAAUUAUAAGAGUUAUUUGGAGAAGGAACUAAGAGUUUUGUCGAUUGGCUUUUCACAGAUAUCGCACCGAAAUACUCCGCUCAGGUUGCUAAAUAAGCUUCUCUAAUCGAUGAAUUUAAUGACCAAAACAAUGACUUUAAUGAGGAACUUAGGCAAAUGGAGUAAUAGCAAAGGCUUUCCUCAUUAGUAGGGGCAAAAGGAGAGUCUAUUGAUAAAAAAGCAGAUAUUACUAACAUAGCUGGAGCUGGAGGCAAACUCAUGAUGAGAGCUUGCCAAGAUGCCACAAAUUCUACUACAAAAGUGAACGGAGAUAAACCAUAAAUCAAUCAACAGCAAUAAGCACCUAAAAGGAUUAUAAAUCUCGAGAGAGAUAAGAAUGAUAUCAGAUCUAGCAAUACUGAGGGAAAUGCAACCACUACAGGAGAUGUUUUCGACCGAUUAAAGAAGCGCCCUCUAGGUGAUAGAUAGAGUGCUCACUUAGACAUGGAUCUUGAAUCAUUGAUAAAAAAAGAGGGAAUAAAAAAGGCCGGCUAUGGUGGAAACAACCGUGAAGAGGACAUACACAAGAGAAUAAAAAAGGGUCAUGUUGGCAAGCCCAACUAGAGGCCAUUAGAAGAAGUCAAGAUCGAUCCCUCAAGCACCUUAAUUGAUUUAAAUCAACAUAAGAACAACAUUCGUUUGAGAUAAUAAGAGAUCUAAGAGCAAGAUGAGAAGAAGCGCAUAAGAUGCAGACAUUUUCCUAAUUGCAAAAACACUGAUGAAGAAUGCCCUUACCAUCAUCCUAAGGAGUUAUGUGAAUUUUUCCCUAAAUGCACAUUUGGUGAAAAAUGCUUGAACCUUCAUCCUGAUAUUGAAUGCAAAUUUGGUUUGAAUUGCACCAGAUAGAAUUGUUCAUAUAAACAUCCUAAGGGAAGAGCACUAGGAGGUGGAAUGAAUUCAGCAGCAUUACAGAAAACUUUAGGACUAUUGAUGAUGGCUGGUAUGGGAGUCAUGGGGGGUAAGCCCAAGAGCAAAAAAUAUAAAUAAGGAUAAGAAUCUGGAAAUCCAGAUGGAGACGUAGGCUAAUCUAAUGAUCAAGCUACAGUCGAUAAUGCAGAAGCACAGUGA